AUGGUAGUGAAGCUCGCAGCCCUACGCGUUAGCUGCGAGCCCUUGAGCAAGACCUGCUCAGAGCCCUCCAGAGUCCCACAAGCUGGCAGAGCAGGCAGUAGCCAGACACAGAAGAUUGUAGGGGCAGAGAUGGCCAUAAAAUUUUGUUGCUUUUCCAAGGAUCCUCUUGAAGAUGCCACAUCCUGGAGUGAGUCUAUUGAAAAGCUUUUGGCAUGUAAAGCUGGUCAACAGGCCUUCCAGGAGUUCCUGAGGUCUGAGUACAGUGAGGAGAACAUCCUAUUCUGGCAGGCCUGUGAGGACUAUAAGAAGAUCAAGAACAUACCAGAGAUGGUCAGUGCAGCCAACCGCAUUUAUUCCGAGUUCGUGCAGGUGGAGGCACCCCGACAGAUCAACAUUGAUUGUGGGACCCGGGCAAACAUAACGAAGUGCAUCUCAGAGCCAACCCUGGAGUCCUUCAACAAGGCCCAGAAGCAGAUCUACAGUCUUAUGACAAGGGACUGCUACCCCCGAUUUUUAAAAUCCGAAAUAUACCAGUCCAUACUGGAGAAAACGGGCAGCAGUUGA